AUGCACAUCAGCCCGCCCGUCGGCUGGACGUAUUUCCCGACUGUUAGCUCCGACACGCUGGCGAUUUGGUACUUUGUCGGCCAGUCGAACGACACGACGACGGCCAACACGAGGGCAACGGCUGAGAUUCAAGCAUCGAUGAUCGAAGCUCUAUUGAACGCCCAGGUGCCGACCCAAGGAGUUACAAUCAACGACGAUUAUCAGCCGAUUCAGAUCGAAAACCCGAUCAUGCUGACGGGUGCGGCGAAGGGGCCACUGUACGGUAAGGUGGAGGGAGGAGCCGUGACGCAGACCGCCACGGGACCCACGACAGCCCUGCCCGUGUUCACCGCCUACAACAAGCAGAUGACCGUCACCCUUAUGAACUUGCGGUCGACACGGUUCACCCUCAACAUUGUGAAGAACGACUUCAUCCAGCGCAUGUCCACCAAGUACAACGUGAAAUUUGUCGGGGAUGUCAUCAUUACG